CCCCUCACAUUAUACAAACUAGUUUGCUUUUAUUCAGCCGAAAAACUUUCUUUUCAAUUUUGAAUAAUAAUAAUAUUAUUCAACCAUCACCACCUUUAUUCACCACAACCACCACCUCACCACCGUCUUAUUCCGUCAUCAACCACCACCACCACCGUCUUCCCAUUGAUGGCUAUGACCACCAAUGGUCUCUCUUCAAAACUAAUCCGAAAUAUUAUCCGACGUGUCAACACCCCCUCCCCCACCACCACCCUAACCACCCCAAGAUUCCGGUCUGCCCAACGAACCACCAUCAACACAACUAGCACCACCAUCCUCCAACCACCAUCACCACCACCGGUAAACGCCGCCGGCGCCGUCACGGACGACGCACGUGACACUAUAUUUGAUUUUGACGACACAAAAGGUUUGUUUUCAUCGGUUUCGACCGGAAAGUUGUUACGGUCGGCGGCUAACUUGAACCUGGCGGCGGUGGAGCCGGUGGUGGAUUUGGGUAUGUGGGUGAUGAGGUCACGUGUGAUGCACGUGGGGUUGUUGAGGGAGAUUGUGUUGGGGGUUAUUAAACAUACGUCGUAUGAACACUUUGUUGCUGGGGCGGAUCUUGAAGAAACGGGUCGGACUGUCCAGAAGCUUUGGGAAUCAGGGUUGAGAGGGAUGUUGGAUUAUGGGUUGGAGCAUGCGGUGGAUAAUCAGUCAUGUGAUACUAAUGCUUUACAGUUUGUUAAAACUGUUGAGUCUACUCAGUCUUUGCCUCCAUCUUCUGUAAGCUUUGUGGUGGUAAAGAUAACAGCAAUUUGUCCAAUUUCAUUACUCAAAAGAGUAAGUGAUCUUCUAAGAUGGGAAUACAAGAACCCCACAUCAACAAACCUUCCAUGGAAGCUUAAAACCCUUGCAAUCUUUUCUGAAUCCAGCCCCUUUUACCACACACUCCAAAAGCCCUCACCUUUAACACCAGAAGAAGAACAUGAUCUUGAACUAGCCCACCAAAGACUAGUCAACAUCUGUAACAAAAGCAUAGAAUGUAAUGUACCAGUUGUUAUUGAUGCAGAGGACACAUCGAUUCAACCCGGUAUCGAUUACUUCACAUAUUCGGCUUCUGUUAUGUAUAACAAAGGCCAAAAGCCUCUCAUCUUUGGCACAAUUCAAGCGUAUUUGAAAGACGCUGGUGAAAGAUUGUUUGAGACCAAGAAAGCUGCUGAUAAAAUGGGAUUGCCAGUUGGGUUCAAGCUUGUUAGAGGUGCUUAUAUGUGGAGCGAAAGUAAAUUGGCGGAUUCGCUUGGUGUCGAGUCUCCGAUUCACAAUAGCAUUGGUGAUACACACAAUUGUUACAAUAAGUGUGCUGAAUUUGUGCUAGAUGAGGUUUCUAAUGGGCCUGGAGGUCUUAUUCUUGCAACCCAUAAUCUUGAAUCAGCUAAACUCGCGGCACAAAAGGCGCGCGAUUUGGGCAUUGGUAAAGAUAGUGAAAAGCUAGAGUUUGCUUCACUUUAUGGUAUGUCCGAGGCGAUGACAUUCGGGUUGAGGAAUGCGGGGUUUGGCGUUAGCAAGUACUUGCCAUUCGGGCCGGUCGAUCAGAUCAUGCCUUAUUUGUUGAGACGAGCCGAAGAGAAUAAAGGGUUAUUGUCUUCUUCGAAUCUGGACCGACAACUGAUGAUGAAAGAGUUGAAGAGGAGAAUGAAAGCUUAUGUUGGACAAGGGUUGGAAGAAACUGAGAAUCAAUUCAAGUCACAAGCUGGAUCUGUUGUGAAGUUAAAUUAGGUUUAAGAUGUUGGAUGAAUUUUGCAGGGUCAUUUGUUGUCCAUUGAAGAAGAUAAACAAGGAAGGACAAAGGGACAAUGCAAAGUGUAAAUAGUGCUAAGUUGGGGGGCCUCAUGCUUGUUAGCAAGUAUGUGUUGUUGGUAUAACUAGUUGUGGUUUCCAAUAUUUGGUUGUUAAAUGACUGACUAGCAGCAGGGGCUCUUUUUGUUUUUAUGGAAAUUAUUAAUAAAUGGGGAUUUUGGAAUAAGUUUAUUA